AUGUUCAAACCGAUCCUGAGGAUAUUUCGGCCGUUGGUUGGUUGGAGUUUUGGAAUCACCAUCCUCCUCACGUCACUCUUUGGAUCCUACAUCAUAUCGCUAUUUUUAAUUCUUAUUGUGUUGGGCAAGCACAAAACAUGGCGCUCUUUGAUGGAUCGCUCAGUCAGCUUCUGGAUGAUGGUGCCAAUAGGUUUCCUGGAACUGAUCUUCGGAAUGCGCGUACGAGUGUCUGGCGACGAGAUCGACUACAGUGAGCCGGCGCUCAUCAUUAUGAAUCAUCGAACGAGGCUUGAUUGGAUGUAUAUGUGGUCGGCACUGUAUCAGAUGAAUCCAUGGUUGAUUACCUCCAACAAAAUUUCACUCAAAGCCCAAUUGCAAAGCCUUCCUGGAGCGGGAUUCGGCAUGUCAGCAGCGCAGUUCAUGUUCUUGCAUCGAAACAAAGAGAAAGACGCAGCUACAUUUGACGAAGCUAUCGCUUACUAUAAAGAUAUGCAAAAUAGUUAUCAGGUGCUUCUGUUCCCUGAAGGUACGGACAAGUCUCCGUGGACGACAACAAAAAGCUCAGAGUUCGCGAAGAAAAAUGGGCUAAAGGAGCUGAAAAAUCUGCUGUAUCCACGAGUGGCCGGAUUCUUUCAUCUGCUUCACAAAAAUGAGAGA